GUCUUCGCAUGAGAUGAUUGUGGGCUAAACCGGGUUUGUUUGAGGAUAAGCAGCGGCUCUAUAUUCGCAGUGUUUUUGCGGCAAAAGUAGCCACUCUAAAUCAAACCCUUUUACUUAUAACAGAAAUCUUGCAAUUUUUUGAAAAUACACAGCACAAAAAUGGUGCAUUGAAGUUUUUUCGCUGUAAAUAACUUUUAAAAUGAAUGAAAAGCAAUAUUUUAUUAUAGUUUUCAUUUGUACGAAAACAUAUAGUACCUGUAGGAAAUUAUAAAUAUUCAUUUGAAAAAUGCUGAUCUAGUCAAGUAUGAAGUACCAAAAAUAUUUAUUACGAUAAAAUAUAUGCCUAAAUUUCACACUAGUUAGGCCGGAUAUUAUGAAUAAAAAUAAAAAAUCGUGUUAUCUCAUAAGCCGCCGUCGCCAUUCACGAUGCUGCCUUCGGUCUUCUUGCGCGCUUUGCCGGUGCGGUUCGGUUCCGCCGGGGUUUCACUGCUAAAACCUUGUGUUAUUAAUUGCACUGCAAGUCAGUUCUAUUGCAAAAUGGCUCUUCCCAAAGUCUUUUUCGAUGUUUCGGCCGACAACAAGCCCCUGGGCCGCAUAGUAAUGGAGCUGAGGUCCGACGUUGUGCCGAAGACGGCUGAGAACUUCCGUGCCCUAUGCACCGGAGAGAAGGGUUUCGGAUUCCAGGGCUGCGGCUUCCACCGUGUCAUCCCCAACUUCAUGUGUCAGGGCGGUGACUUCACCAAACACAACGGAACCGGAGGCAAAUCCAUCUACGGCAACAAGUUCGAGGACGAGAACUUCAUCCUGAAGCACACCGGCCCCGGCAUCCUCUCAAUGGCUAACGCCGGUUAGUAGCGC